AUGGCCGCUUCCGCGAACCAGCGGUUGGCUGUCCGGAAUGACGCUCUACAAGGCGCCACACUUGCAUUCCACUCCAGGGAUCCCUCACCCAAUGUGACGGUUAGAUCUUCUGCCACUACUGCAAUGGCAGAUCCUCUAGGUCAUCAGAGGACUGGAUCAGACCCCCCAGAAGCAGGUUCCGUAAAGGAGAAGGUGGGGAGAUUGGCCAGGCCACUUUCGCCUACAUCCAGUACAUCAAGUGUGAGAGGACGACCAUCAGCCGCGGCUCUCUCCUCGGCCUCCCAAAUUGCGGCACGGCUCGCUGCAUCAAGGUCCCCCGGGCGGGACACCAGUGCUCCGUCGACAACUGCCCGAAUUGGCGGUCCAGUACGAAAUGCAAGCCAGGUUCCACCUUCACAGAAGCGACAGCCACCACCAAUCCCAAUUCGCUCAAUCCAAGGAACAAAUGGUCCCUUGGGUCGCCCGAUGCAUGAAAGUGGCUUAAAGUCUGAAUCUGAUCUGCCUACCUACGGGCGCUCUCCAUCCCAAGAAUCUAGCACAAUUCUAGAUUAUCAGGAUAGUCGAGAGCCAAGCCCCCUUCCCUCCUUAGGGUCUCGGACUUCAUUUCUACUGUCAGAUGAGCUAAAACCGAGGCUUCCGCCGCGUGUGCCUCCACCACGAGGGUCUACCAGAAAUCAUGGAAUCGCAAAACCCUCUUCGACGCCAAGCGAGGCAUCUAUAUCGAGCCAGUCACCUGCAAGUACCAACGUAAUAGAUGACUCCAUGGCCAUGAGCGAGGAGGCCCUCUCUAAUGCCAUUAUCGCCUCAUCCCUGGCAUCAACACGAGCAUCCCCAUCUAUCCGGGGGAUUCCCCCGCCGCUUCCUCAGCGACGCGGGGCACGAUCCAUUCUACAUUUACACUCGCACCAGCACACGCCUGAUCUAUCAAGGACACCAAGUCCACCGAAGAGUCUGCCAAUGACACUUCGCGGCAUACCGAAAUCCACCGAAGCCGACCGCCGAAAACACAGAAAUCCCCUGCACAAACACCCCCACAAACACAAGGAGGGGGACCGUAAGCGCUGGCAACGCGAGGUCAGUGAAAAGGAGCGCAAACGUUACGAAGGUGUUUGGGCCUCUAAUAAAGGGCUUCUCAUCAAUACCAAGGGCCCCGGUCCCAAUGAAAAUGGAUCAUGGCCACCUGAUGCCUCGGAUAUGGUUCUCAACCUAGUGGUCCGAGAGAUUUGGUCCCGCAGUCGCCUGCCAGAAACAAUCCUGGAGCAAGUGUGGGACCUUGUCGAUCAUCAGAAUAUUGGGCUCUUGGUGCGUGAGGAAUUCGUAGUAGGAAUGUGGUUGAUAGACCAGAACUUAAAGGGACACAAGAACCCUGUCAGAGUCCGGGACAGUGUUUGGGAUAGUGUACGGUAUGUUGGCAUUAAGCUACCCCUCGCUGAGAGACGUAAGGGCCAUACAACAUAG